GAUCUCCCCCGAUUCUGUUGGUUUGUGGGCUCAGCUGAGUGCGCAGAGACCCGGGAGGCAGGACAUCUGCCGAUUUUCUCUUUCUUCACUUCUCUUGUCGCCGCAAAGCGGCUGCAGAGUGGAGGGCUUUGGAUGAGGGCGAUGUGGUCAUCGGAGAGAAGACGAGGCCAUGCAGACAGUGCUGCUACGCCAUGCUCAGCCGGCAGCCCAUCAGCACCGAGAUCACCGCCAAGGAGGCGCGCAGUCAGCAUGAUGUGUCUUGUCCCCUCCCCCUUCCCCCUUUCGGUGCUCCUCGUCUACACGAUGAUGGCUGCCGCAUCGGCCGAGAGGCAGAGCCACUUAUCCUUUAUCACGCCGACGCGAGCACUGACGCCGUCCGCCCUCCUGAAGAGGCGAGAGAACAUGUUGCAGAAAGAGCCCGAAGAGUCGUUGCCGGUCUGGCCAACAUGGCAGCCGCCAUCAUCAUCAUCAUGGGUGUCAUCUCUCGAGCGGCAGGAGGAGGCGCUGACGACGCUGUUUCUCGAUGCAAUGGGCGAGGGGAAGGAGGGCGGCAGUGCGACCCCAAAGAAGGGCAAGGACUGGAGUCGGAUAUUGCCCAGGGCACUUAUCUUCUUCAUCGCAUUCCUAUACGGCACGGUGAGUGAGCGGCCAAUGCAAUGCACACCUUCAUCCAUGCGUGGGUGCAUCGAUCGAUCAUCCCUCGGUGGUGUGGGUGUGUGUGUCAGAACUUCGGUGCCGUCAAGAUCAUUGGCGAGGAGGGGCUGACCUCUAUCGGCGGGCUGGCGCGUUUCUCGGUGUCUGCGCUGGUGCUGCUGCCAUUCAUGUUCAAAAAGGGCAUACAAAAGGUACGCACGCGCGGCGGAGAUCAAUGCCUUUGAACGAGACGAUUGCGCGUGUGUGUGCGCGUGUGUCCAGGGAGCCAUCCGUGACGGUUUUCUCGCCGGCGUGCCUGGCGGCCUGGGCUAUGUUAGCCAGGCACUCUCCCUGCAGUUUAUCAACGCCAACACGUGUGCCUUCUUCUGCUCCUUGUCCGUGGUCAUCAUCCCGUUCCUUGAGGCCCUCAGGGGCAAGACCAUCCAGCAGAGGUCCGCAUAUUCACCACCAGAUGCCAGCCACGGAGAUGCUGACCUUCCUUCUUGAUAUUUCAGGUCAUGGGUAGCGGCUUUGUUGGCUGCCAGUGGUGUCGGUCUUCUGGAGCUGCCUCUGCCCUUCGAUUUCCUCAAUGCCGGAUCUGCCACGUACGGAUGCUUGAGAAGGCGAGCAGUGGUUCGAGUGCAUACCCCUCUCUCUCUCUCUCUCUCUGUGUGUGUGUGUGUGUGUGUGUGGACAGGGCCGCUGCGGCGAGCACGGCAGUGGUGCCGCCGAGCGGUUUCUGGGCGAGUAUCCCAUUCAUCGGGGAAGGGCUGGCACUGCUCCAGGUAUACUCAUGGAGCCACACCGACACACACACACACAUAGGAUGGGAGCAGGCAGGCUUCCCCCUCUCCAACUGUCGAUCGAUGUCAUGUGUGCAGGCUGUGGGUUUUGCCGUGUGCUACAUCAUGGUGGAGGACGCCAUGCAGGAGUACGACAAGGACGUCGUCCCAUACUCGGCUGCACUCACGAUAGGUACGCCUACGCACGAACGAACGAGACACAUGCGAUGCGCAUGUGGUCAACAUCUGCGCCGCGCCCACACCAUUCCUUCCGUCAGGAGUUGCGGCGGUUGCGGGCGCCUACACGCUGCGUGAGGUGUUCACUGGCGGGUGGGAGACGGGAAUCGGCGGGCUGGCGUGGGGGCAGAUCGCGGCCGCGAUCCAGAAGCCGACCGUCCUGCUCGCCAUCUUCUGGACGGGUGGGCAGAUGGGAUGGACCCAGCACAGAUGAGUGAGUCGAUGCCUUUAUGUGUCUGUGCGUUUGUGCGUCUGUGUCUGUGUGUGCGUGUGUGUGUGUGUGGUCAGGUGUGGUGACGACUGCGUUGACCAUCCUCGGUGAGAACUGGGCGCUGCAGCGUGUCAGUGCAACCGAGAUGUCCCUCAUCCUCACCAGCGAACCUUUGUGGGCAGCCAUGUUCUCCGCUCUACUGCUGGGUGUGUACGCCACACACAACCUUACCCCGCACACACGCACACGCACACACGCCUUACCUGUUCUUUCCAUCUGCAGGUGAGAUGGUGACUCCUCGGCUGUUCCUGGGCGGCUUCUUCAUCGUCCUGGCGUGUCUGAUCCGCGAGUUGCCGUUUGCGACGCUGUUCAGCUACCUGCCUUUGCCGUUCUUCAAGAAGCGCUUUGAAGUCGAGGACGACGAAAUCAUCGAGGACGACCUCGAGAGGGUCAAGCCGAGCAAGAAGAAAAAGAGCCCUGUUGUUAACGAAGGCGGGUCUGGAGGUGUGGGGGGUGUCAAUGACGUCAACAGCAGUGGUAGUGGUAGUGGUAGUGGUACUGGUGGUGGAAUAGAGGCAGUGAGGAGGCAAGACGAGGUGACCAAGAUGUGAGGGAUGGAGGGAGGUGGAUGGGGUGCGUGAGCACUCAUGUCUGCUAAUGAAGUCGUGAAUGAAUGUCCAUUGCGUGUGUCUGUGGGGGGAGGGAGGGAGGUGUGGUAUGGUGUGGUGUGGUGUGGUGUGCGGUGCAUGUAUGGUGCGGUGUGUACGGGUAGCCAGGCGGCAGUCGGCUGUGGUUGCUGUAUGCUCAUGUAUGUGUAUCACACAUACGGAGGACUUUUUGCCUCGUCGAUUGAUGAGAUGAAUGGCGUGCUCGACAGGGCGGGGUGGGGUAAGGCGGGAGGGUGGAUGAUGUGUCGACUUUAGUCAGUGUCGGUGAUUGUUUCAUAUCAUGGAGGGCAGGGGAGGUGGAGGGAGCCUGGCCUGCAUUCACACAAGCAGGCAUGUGUGUGUAAAGAAAGGACCAGGGAGGGAGGAGACAUACACAUUUUUCUCCCUCCCGGUGCUGCCGUAUGUGGGCGCUGCACGGAUGUGUCUCUGCGUGUCAGCGCCACUGACCACAUAAUAUAUGGCUCCGGAGUCACUGAUUGAUGCCGCACUGCUGCCUUGUGUCUUGAGGACAAUCCGUCUGCGAGUUGUGGCUGUCUCUCUCCCUACUGCGAUAUCGCUUCCCCCACGACUCGUGUGGGAGCCGAUAUUGCUGUGCCGGGAGAGCAGCGUCAACGCGCACACGCGCCUGUGCAGCUUGACGGGGGAGAUGGACACAAUGAAAUGAAUCUAUGGCUUUUCUGUAGCUGAUUCCGUUGCGGUUCUGCUCGGACACGUCAAGACAAGUCAAGACGUCAUUUACCG